CAAUUUAGUUUAUGAAUAUAUUGUCAUUUAUUCAUCUCACAUGUUUGACCCCAUUUGACCAGUUGGAAGUGCGGAAGUAGUUCUGGAGAUUUCCGAUAGGCGAGACGUGGGCGAGACUUGGCAACUUGGAAAUUUUGAGGAAGCUGUUUUAAGACACAAUGGCUGAAAAGCCGCCUCCUGAGCCAAAUAAGUCUGUGGACCUGAGGGUAGCCAAGACCACCACUACCACCACCCCCACAGAUACGACACCGAGACCGAUGGCCUUAUUAUGACCGCGAUGGCUAGCAACAUUCAGCAAGGGAUGCCACCCAUAGCAGUUCAGCAGUUCAAUCCAUACAUUCAUCAAUUUCGACAACAGCACUUUCACCAUGGCAGUGCCAACAUCUUCAACAUCACGAACAGCCACAACGUCCAGAUUGGUCGCACCAACAUCAUGAACUUCGGCCGGCAGCAUAUGCCAGGUUGCGACGAUAAUUUCCAGCAGUGAAGAUGAAGAAGUGGACGCACUUGAAGAUGAACGGAUUAUGGAAUUGAGAAGGUGUGAGAGAGAGAUCAGCAAUGAGGAACUGCUAAAUAUUGCUCGUCACGUUGGCCUGGGAUGGAGACGGCUUGUUCGGUUCAUCGGCUUGCAGGACUACGAUGUUGAUGAGCUGUAUGAGGAAUACAGCUCGCGGGGGCUGGAGGAAGUCAUAUAUCAGCUGUUGAGGCGCUGGCGGAGCGAGAAUACCAACCCCACUGUAGCUGAGAUGUUGUACCAAGUACAGCGCUCAGACAUGUAUCAUCUGGCAGAGUAUCUGAAGACUGAUUCUGAGCUGGAAAAAUAAUGACCUUAGUGCCUGCAGGGAGGAAUGUCUGACAUCUUGUGUGGAGGAAUGUCUGACGUCUUGUGUGUGGGAAUGUGUGAUGUCUUGUGUGAAGGAAUGUCUGAUGUCUUGUGUGAAGGUAAAAGUGUCUGAUGUCUUGCGUGAACCGGUAAAAGUGUUCCUGUGAAGUACUGUGUACUGUUAGGAUUGGUGGGGGUUAGGGGUUGAUCCAAGAUCAGUUUACAUGGUGAAAGUGUGACCACGAACCCUGUAUGACAGGGUCAGAGGAUGGGUGUAUCCAUGUCCAUGUACCCAGUUAUAGGGCCUGAGGAAGGGGGGUGGGAGUGUAUCCAUGUGCCCUGUUACAG